CGUUUCUUAACCGGGAAAAAAAUAAAUUUAAAAAGCCCAAAACAGAGUCCUUUGCGAAGAAUCAUAAUUUAAACAGUUGAAAUUCUUUCACAUUGAAAUCAUUAAUAGAAUGAUAAUAAUUGUUAUUUAAUGAACCUACUUGAAUUUUUUUUUUCAGUUUUGACCAUCCAGUUGUGGUGAAACCUGGAGAUGAACUCAGAACGACCUGCACGUAUAGCUCACAAGGAUUAGGAAAGUCCACGUUUUUCGGAAAAGGAACCCACGAUGAAAUGUGUUUUGCGUUCUUGAAAUAUUACCCGAAACAGAAAGCCAAAGUUCAGCGAUGUUUGUCCUUUAAAAAAUUGUCUAUGUGCUCAACAUUUUCCGAAACAGUGGAGCUAUUUGACGACGGAUUAAAAGGCUGCAACAUUCCAAAGUUUACAUCUCUGACAAACCCUGCUACACUGACUAUGGUGUUUCAGAUACAAGCAAAGUGCAGAGCGGACAUUUGUACACAAGAGUGCAAGGACACCAUACGGAAAUUGAGGCAGCAUCCAUGUUUAAAAGAAGAUAUCUGGGAAUAUAUUAAAUUUUUCUUGAUGGCGGAAAAGCAGGGUAACACGGGAAUCGACGUUGAGAAAUUGUUAGUGCUUUAUUCUGUGUGUGAUUUACAACUCGGAAAAGAAAUCGGAAGUGACACUGUCAUUGGAGAAACAACACUGCGCACGACUCCGGAUUACAACAGAGACAGACAGUUCACAUCUAGUACUAGUAGUGUUGGUUCUAGUGGCGUCAUUUCCUGUCCGGAAUGUCCACCGACACCUCUAUUUAAAUGCAUCACAAACUCCACCCCACAAAACGCAUCUCCGUCCAUAGCUGCCAUUUUAAGUAUAAUUAUAUCUUUGAUAUAAGUUAAUAGGAUUCAAGAAAUGUUUGAAAUGUUUGGUCUAUUAUGUGAAAGUGGUAUGGAUGUACAUGCUAUCUUAAGAUGGGUGUAUGGCGAUCUCUUUGUGUGUGGUGUGGUACAGCAAGUCAUUUUUAUCGUCACUCUCGAAUGUCUACGUUUGUAGAUCUGCUGAAGGAUGUGUGAGUAGAGUGACUGAGCAUUUAUACUAAAGUGCAAAUAAAAUAAUUGAUUUGUAUUAUCAUAAUUUCUUUGUCAAAGACAAAUAUAGAUGUACUAUCAAUAUAUCAAAACAGUAAAACUAUAAA